CAAGUGCUGCUGUCAAGAGGUCAAUGUGUGUGAUUGGUUAAAGCAGUUGUGGCUCCGCCGGAGAUCUUUGUCUGUAUCAUUGAAAAAGCAACGUGUCACCGUAAUAUUUACUGCACCUUUCCUUCCUCAUGUCGCUGCAGGCCAAGGCUUUUGCCUUUUUAUUUCCAGGCAGUGCUCUGGUGAACUCGUUGUUAGCUACUGCCUACAUCUCCAUCUUUCCCAAUCUUCUUCUUUACUUCGUACCUCCGGACAUCAACACUGGUUCUUUGAAUGUCUUGGUGAGCUUUGCUGUUGGUGGCUUGCUUGGCGAUGUAUUUUUGCAUUUGCUGCCUCACGCCUUUUUGGGAGAACACGACCAUGGCCAUGGUAACGAGCACGUUACUGUUGUUGUGGACAAUCAAAAGAAUGUGCUUCUCGGAUUGGGAAUUUUCGGUGGACUCUUCUUUUUCUUUAUUAUGGAUAAAAUGAUGCGUGUAUUCAACGGGGGAAGUGGCCAUGAUCACGGCCAUAGCCACGGUCACAGUCACGGAGAAGAAAAGGAACAUCACGAUGUGGAACCCCUCGCUGUAAAGAAGUCGGACUCGCAUGAAGGCCAGUUGCGUCAAAGAAAAUUCGAAAAGGAAGGCUCCGUCAAAAGCGAACCGAGCGCUUCGAACGAUGACAAGAAGAGUGAAAAGGGCAUCAAAUUGAGUGCAUAUCUCAACCUUUUGGCGGAUUUCACGCACAACAUGACGGACGGAUUGGCUAUGGCUGCUUCUUUCUACGCAUCGCCUGCGGUUGGUGCUACAACAGCUGUUGCCGUCUUUUUCCAUGAAAUCCCGCACGAAGUAGGUGACUAUGCCAUUCUUAUUCAAUCGGGUUUCAGCAAGAAACGAGCCAUGAUGGCCCAAUUCACAACCGCAAUCGGUGCCUUCCUCGGUACCGUUAUCGGUAUUAUCAUUGAAGAAUCCUCGCAAUUGGAGAAAGGCGCGGCUCAUCAUUCGCAUGCGGGUAUCCUCGGUACCGAUCUUCGUUAUGGUGAUCUUGUAAUUCCUUUCACAGCCGGUGGUUUCCUUUACAUUGCCACCGUUGGUGUCAUACCCGAGUUACUUGAAGUGACAGGUAGCUUUGUCAAAGACAGACGACAGGCCGUCACUGAAUUUGCAGCCAUGCUUGUUGGAUUAAGUCUUAUGGUGGCCAUCGCUUGGAAUGAUGUAGCUGCUUAAAACUUUUUUUACAUUAAUGUUUUUGUUUUUACCUUAUUGCCAUUGAACAAACUCGAUAUUCUAAGCUCACAAUAAAAGAAAGCAAUACCAUAUCCCUCGAUUGUUCAUGGUAUACUGCCCAUCGGUUUUUGCAUGCAAAUCUUUU